GAGAGGAAGGGAGUGGUUAAGGGAAAGGGGAGGGAAAAUAAAGGACCCCUCUCACCGUUGCCAAGGCAACUUGAUGUCACUGUGACAUCAUGCAGCAUUAAAAGCUUUUAACCGGAUUCCUCUCCUGCCUUAGGCCCCAUUUUGAGUCCUCUUUCAGCUAGGCUAGGGGGAAGGGCACAGGCAGGACGGUGGUUUGUGUGCAUUCUUGCAUGUAUCCCUCCCUUAUUGCAGACUUCAAAUCAGCUCAUAGCACAGUAAAAAGACUUUCAAAUCCAGCUUUAAAGAUCCACAUCUCUGCAAAACAAAAUCUGCAGGGGCCUAGAGAACCAUUGCAAAAAAUGGCAGCAGAUGAUGGUUUCAGCUACCUGAUGCCAGGCCACAGUGAGAAACACCGGCGGGCCCCGAACUGGACCGAUGGCGAAAUGAAAGCUCUCUUGUACGUUUGGGAGGAAUUCCACAACGAACUGAAAAUGAGCAAGAGGAACGCCAAGGUGUACGAGAAGAUGUCCCAAAGGUUCUUCCAGCUGACCGGAGAGCAGCGCUUCAAAGAAGAGAUCAAGAUGAAAAUCACCAACAUGUCUUUCCAGUACAGGCGCCUGAAAGCUACGGCCGGCGAAUCUACCGAGCUCCCUGACUGGCCUUACUACAAGCCCAUUGAAAAGAUCCUCACCAAACCGGUGGAGAACGGCAGGGUGACUUCGCUGGAGCUCCAGUCCCCCACCGCAGGGCCCUCCACUUCUUCCCAGUCCACAGAGAACAUCCUGUCCCAGGGAGAGGACGGCACGAUGGGGUUCCUGCCAGAGUACACCGGCUCCUCAGACGAGAUGGAGAUCAAACAAGAGCUGGACUCUUUGAGCUCUGACAGCGACAACACGCAGGGAUCCAGCUCCCAUCCUUUCUCUGCCAGGAGGAAGCAUUCCAACAGGCGCCUGUCCAUGAAGAGGAGGAAACUGCAGGUCAUGCAGGCCAUGCUACAGCAACAAAAGAGGUCGAGCCGGGCCGUAGAGGAGACGUGCAGAGAGAUCCGUCGGGCCAUGCAGCAACAGAACCUCCUCCAGGUCCAGUGUCUGCAGCUGCAGGAGAGGAUGAUGAACCUCUUGGAGAAGAUGAUCCAGCCUCCCUCCACCCCGUCCGCUGCAUGGGCUCCAAGUGCCACAAAAGAUUCAGGGAAAUCUUAAAAUUGUUUGGGAUGGAUUGUUGAACAUCCUCACCUAAAGCCUUGUUAAAGGAAAAUAUGUAUUUUAUUUUGGAUUUCACUGUAACAAGCAUCUUAAAGGUAUAUUGUGUUAAAAUUAUAACUCCUCCAAAUGCAUAGAUGAUAUUGUUGUGUCCUAAAAUAUGAUUUAACAUUUUUCAAAAAGGUGUCUGAAUAUCAUUUAUAGGGUAUAAUCAUCUUAAAAACUUGAAAUAAAUGUGUUGAUGCUAUCAAAUCUACAGUAAAUCCGUAUUUAAUGUGAGUUUUUGAUUAAGACUAGUUCUAUCAAAUCUUCUUUGACAACUUGCCAAGUAUUCCAUUAAAUUACUGUGGGAGCAGCGAUCUUGCAAAGUAUUGCACAUCAUUUUUAUACUCUGACUGGAUAAUUACAUAUUAGAAAGGUGUCAUGUGUAGCACCAUAGACGCAGCAAUCAAGUGCUAUUGAGUUCUUUGGAAAUAAGAUGCCACAAAAUGGCAACAACACCAAAAUAAACAGUAUUCCAUGUCAAGGAAAAAAAUGCAUCUGAAGCUUCUGCAGAAGUCAGUUUUUUCGCAUAAUGGCAACAUUAAGAGAAACUUGUUUCUCAAGGACACGUUUGCUUCCUUUUUCACCUUGAGUGAAAAAGGCAGAUCACUGACGGUGACUGAUAAAAGAGUAGAAGAAAAAGGCUUUCGGCUUAUGAAAUACACAGAACAUCUCA